UUCCCCAGGACUUUGCUUGCAGCGGCCCCACGCUUCGGGUAGGUGAGUCUCCGUUGUUGCCAGGGCCGCUUGUGGGUCCUAGCCCCAGCAUGUGGAGAGGGUCUCGGGACGUUCGGGGCUCCAGGGCGUUCUUUGUCCGCAUAUAGCCCCUUCGCAUGGGGGGCGGGACCAAGGAAGCCACUGUAAACUAGGUGCUGUGAGGGACCGAGAUGGACCCACUUAGGGCCCAGCAGCUGGCUGCUGAACUAGAAGUGGAGAUGAUGGCCGACAUGUAUAACAGGAUGACCAGUGCGUGCCACCGGAAGUGUGUCCCUCCCCAUUACAAGGAAGCAGAGCUCUCCAAGGGGGAAUCUGUGUGUCUGGAUCGAUGUGUCUCCAAGUACUUGGACAUCCAUGAACGAAUGGGCAAGAAGCUGACAGAGCUGUCCAUGCAGGACGAAGAGCUGAUGAAGCGGAUGCAGCAGGGCUCCGGGCCAGUGUGAAGGCCCCCAGAGACAGCGAGCACCCAGCCCCGGACUGCAGCCCUCACCCUUUUGCACUUGUCAAUAAAAAUAUUGGUGACUGUG